CCAUCGUCACCUUUCUCUACACUCACUUCACUUGGCAUCGUCUUUUCACCUCCUACUCCCCCGUCCUUCUUCCAGGCCCAGUGUCCGUGAAGACUAUCCUUUCCUACAACAACUUCGUCAACGACUCCAUGAUAUCCCGCCCUUGUUAACUCAACAACCUUCAACCAACGACUUACAUACACAUACCUCCUUCGUCCAAUACUUGUUGACCCGUUCACUCGAAGUCAACAUUUGGAUUGUUUGCGACCCAGAGCCUGGACGUUCAGGAUCUACAGCCAACCCACUCAGGACAAAACUCGAGCCAGUGCCAUUCCAUCCAUUCCAGAGGAGCAAAAGGACGUGACCCGGACUUUCAUUUUCUUUGGUCUUCUUGAGGAUAUACCCAACCAGGAGCAGGAUCUAAUCCAGUCUUUCUGUUCUCUUCCUGUCUGCUGUUUCCAUCAUUUCUUCUCCUUCCCGGACUUAAAUUUGCGCCCAUUCACCGUCGGCUUAGCCUAAACCAGGCCCGAAAGGAGUUAGUAUCAGGAGUCAAGGAGCCAGGACAGAUCAUGCAUCAUGUGUCAGAGCUUGGAUAUCUCACUCCGCCGGCAUCACCAGCACCAUUCGACCAGCAGUAUAUUUUCCCCCCACCUCACCAGCUACAGCAACAUCACUAUGUCCCGAUGCCAGCGGAAGACCGACUAGGCAUGUUUAUCACCAACUCGCUCCAACUCUCAGGGAUCUUGGGGUCUGGUGCAUAUGGUGUGGUUUAUUCAGCCGUCGACUUGAAGGAUAAUGUUCGCUAUGCCGUCAAGUGCCUCAGCAAGUUCAACCCCAAUGGGACCCCGCUGGAUGCUCGCCAGAUUACGUUCCAACGCCAGGAGAUACGUUUGCACCACCAGGCCUCGGGACACCCCAAUGUAGUCUCGAUGGUCAAGAUCAUCGAACAACAUGACUGCAUCUACGUUGUCUUGGAGUACUGCCCGGAGGGUGAUCUGUUCUAUAACAUCACCGAACGUGGGCAAUAUGUUGGUAAGGAUGAGCUCGCCAAGAGUGUCUUCCUCCAGAUCCUGGAUGCCGUAGGACACUGCCACAGCCGUGGAAUUUACCACCGGGACUUGAAGCCAGAGAACAUCCUCGUCUCUGACAACGGCGAAACUGUCAAGUUGGCAGAUUUCGGCCUCGCAAUUCAACAGGCAACAUCUAUGGACUACGGGUGUGGCUCAACAUUUUACAUGUCGCCAGAGUGCCUGGAUCAAACAGCAAGGAGGCCUUUCUAUUAUUGCGCUCCGAAUGACGUUUGGAGCCUUGGAGUCAUCCUGGUGAAUCUCACCUGUGGACGUAACCCAUGGAAGCAAGCGUCUUUUGAGGACUCCACCUACCGGGCCUUCGUUAAAAGCAAGGAUUUCCUCAAGACCAUUCUCCCGGUGUCGGACGAACUGAACGACAUCUUGGGAAGGAUUUUUACGCCCAAUCCUGACCAUAGGAUCACCUUACCCGAGCUGCGAACCCGGAUUCUUGCUUGCUCCAGGUUCACCCAGUCGCCCGCAUCACUUGAGCACCAAGUUACAUAUGUGGACGCCGAGGAAUACCCAUCGCCCAUGUCACCCUCUUCGUCGGACUCCAUGUCUGAUGAGGGCUCUACUUGCUCCUCGGAUGAUGGGUCGCUUACCUCGGCCUGCUCGAGUCUUGAGGACCUGGAAGAGGACGAUGAUGGUGACUUGGUCUCGGAUCUUCCCGAGAUCAAGACACCUCCGCCUCAGCAGCCAUUGCAGGGAAGAGAGCCGGUGAUCUUUGAACCUUUGGAGGAUCCCAACGUACUGACGCAGUACAAACACGACUACUUCCAGCAGCCUUACCCAACAACGGUCCCACAGCCUAUCCAGCAGCCGAUGAUGCCCAUUUCGGUCCAGCCGAACUAUGCGCCAUCCAAGUACCCGUCUGGAAACCUUUGGGAAACCAUCAAGUACUAUACGCAUUCACACCACGCUCCCUUCCACCAGGUACCUUUCUUUGCGCAUAUCCAAGGCUGCUAUUAGUCGGUCGCAAGAUUCUGCAAUACGUUUUCUGGGUUAGCCAGAAGGCUACACCUCAUUCAGCUUCUUAUGUCUCCAUGCUACAGCCGAUGGCAAACUCGGACGCCGGAGAUAUUUCAUUUUACUUCUUCCUUCUCGAUUAAACUAAUAUCCCACCACAUAGAUGAUGGUCUUUGUCCGGAUUAUGAUACCCAGGAGCCCGGGAUAAAGAGAAGCGGCAAGUUUUCCCAGUGGGAAUGAUUUCCGUUUUUGCUGUACGUUUUUCAUUGAAAGAGAUUGUGUGGUUGUACACAUACGAAGAUGGGGUGGGAUGGCUCCUGUGCUUUUCGAUACACUGUUUGGAGUUUGGGGUUUGUCAACCGCACUUUUCACAUGCGGGGAAAGGUUGGGAAGGAAAACUGGGUCGAUUUUUUUGGUCGACCAUCAUCAUUUGCAUGUUUUUUUCUUUCUUUUCUUCUAGGGUGGAAAACUUGUCAUUUUACGUUUUCGGCGCAACAAAAACAAAACCCGGGGGAGGAAUGUAAAGAUCUGGAGGUUUCACGACGCAACGUUACGCUCUAUUUGGGGUCUAGAAGACAUGUGUUUUUCAUUCCCUUAUUUGUCAUGUCAGCGGCUUAUGUUUCGAUAAGCGCUGUUGUCGGCCACUCUUGGUUUUUUUUCGGCAGGCAGAAAGUCUGUUUUCCGUCUGGCGCGACAUAGAGAAAUGGAGUUCGGGAAAGAAACGGAGUGGUGUUUAGCGAGCGUUGUUAUGAGUUUGAGGCGCAGGCUCCUUGCAACAUACGCUUCUUUUUGCUGAAUGAUACCACUUCCCGUUGUUCAUCU